ACCGGAAGCUGGAGGCCGCCGGCGCGCGGAAGAAGAAACAGGAUCUCCUCCUUCUGCAGUCUCAGAGAUUAUAGAAUGGCUUCCACAGUUGACAUCCUUCAGAAUUAUUAUAACCUGUUUGCUCAUCGAUACACUUCUGAAGACGAGGAGUAUCAGAAAUAUGUCCAACGCCCUACAGACCCACCUCCCAUCGUUGAAGACUGGGCAAACAGAGAACCCACCGUGCCUUCUGUAUCUGAGAUACUUCAGAAUUAUGAAAAGAUGUUUGCAAAUCGAUUUUCUUCAGACGAUGAAGAAUAUCAGAAAUACGUCCAACGUACUACAGAUCUACCUCCCCUAGUAGAGGACUGGAGACAUAGAUCAGGUGGCAACCAGCGACACAGAGACAGAUUCAGAGACAGCAGACAAUUCAGAAGCAGAGGGGACAGAUACGACCGGCAAGGAGGCUAUAGAUACGGUCAAUGGCAAGAGAGAAGCUGGGGAAACCACUACCAGCAGGACAGACAAGGACAGUCUUCCUACUCCUAUCAUGGGCGGCCGUCCCACUAUGGCUAUAGUUCUUAUUCCCAGGGGUCACAGUAUGGCCAUUACUAGUAUUGUCUCCAUCCUGCCAGACAUUGCUUUAUUCUGUUUUACAUUUUUUUAAGGAAAAGUGGUGGUGUUGGUGCUUUAAAACAAAUCUUGUUGAUGUGUUUUGGCAGUACUCAUUUAACACAGGAACCAGAGAUAGGCUUGGUGAAUGAGCCUUUUUGCCUUUGCAUGCCAUGCAGCUCUUUCCGUUCCUUUGUGUGAGCUGCAAUUAAAACAGUAAGUCUAACCAUAGUCACCCGAACUGGGGAAAUGCAGUUACCACCUUCAAGACAAGAGAAGACCUUAAACCGCAGUAUGAAGCUGGUAACCAUAGUUUCCUGGUUCAGUUGAAAUAGGAAGCAGUUGGUUAAUUAGGAAGUUUCUGGUUUAAUUGCGGCUUCAGUGAAAGACCUGAAUGCGUGGGAAAAACCUUAUUCACAUGUCCGCUUAUUAAGUCAAGAUACCAUCAUCCCAAUAUGGCCACUGUGAAACUGAUGUACAAAUGCUAAAGGGUGAACUUGUUACCUUGCAUUCCCUUUCCCCUUCAACGUAUUGCCUGUACAAAUAUGUAAUAAUUUGGGAGUAAGGAGGGAUUGGUUUGCAUCAGAAGAAUUUGGCAGCGGCCCUCAGCACAAAAGGGCUGUUCUUCCUGAAAUUCUGACUCAUACUAUUUCAUUGCGAAUGGGUAGAAAAAUGAUUAACAUUCGCAAUGCAUCAUGGUAGGGAAAUGUGCAAGUUGCAGGGAGUGGGGUUGGCUGUUGAUAAUAAGCAGGUUUAGCAGUUUUUCAUUUUGAUUACUCUGAAACUUUUUUUUUAGCCCCUUUAGCAUUGUUGGUUCAAUUUUCUUUUUAACUCACUAAUAACCGAUGAGCAAAGAUGUCAAAAUAAGCAGCAAAUGUAAAAGAUGCAGUACUUGGGUUUCCUUGAUUUUUAGGAACUCCCCCCACAAGAUUCAUCAUGAUUAAAUGGUGUCCUAUUGAAUAUGUUUUUCCGGCCAUUCAUCUGAUCAUUUCUCAUGUUAUAUUGACUGUUGUGAUUGUACAUUGCGGAAUAAAACCCAGUGGCUUAAUGAAAA